AUGGUCAAGGCUGGCGUCCCCAACAAGGUGGGCUCAAAAAACAUAACUCCACAGAUACUAUGCCAGUUCAUCAACAACUGUAGCUUUGAGAAGCCAACACAAGUGGACAGGGCCUUGAAGUUUGCGGCAGGUUACUCGGUCGAUGUGAUGAAGGCGAUCAAAACACGACUCGGCCCAUUUUUCAAUCAUCAUGAUUGCCUGAUCAAGGCGAUAAAGAAGGGAUGCAUUGAGACAGUUACCAUGAUCGAGUUGGAUGACUUUGAGCGAGUGGAGAAGAAUUCGAUCAGGGAGCAGGUGUGCAGAUAUAUAUCAAUGUCCAAUCGAUCAACGUCAUUGGAGUUCGUUGCAUUCAUCUUGGAUCAAUUGGCAUGUGUCAAGCGCGACACUGGCAUCAUUGAGUGGGCCGUACUCAAUGAUCGCUUGGAGGUAUUCGAGCUUGUCUUCAACAUGUUCACGGACGAGAUGCUUAGUGACACUGUACUGAGUGGUAUCAUUGAUCAAGCACUCAUGAAUGAGAAGCCACACAUCAUUCAAAUACUUCAACAACGGUUUAAGCGUGGGGACAAGUCGCGACCAUGUUUGGAGUUGCGUCCAACACUCAAGACACUUCAUUCCGUGGCCCAAUCAAAAGCAUAUCGUUCACUGGAGUACUACUUCAACUCAUCAACAUUCACCAACAUGGGAAACAUAUCGUUAGUUGGCGGGUUCAAGAGGGAUCGGGUAAGAUCCGCACAUUCAUUGAAUAUUGUUGCCAACAUGGUCGAAUCGAGCAUUUUGAUAUGA